AAAAUAAUGAGGAGUGCGAUUAGUACAAACCUUUAAAUGGCUGAACAGAGAGGAGGGAGUUUACUAUAUGAAGGGGGAUCUGUGCUCUCUGUAAUAGAGGAGUGUGCGGGCGGAGGGUCUCUAUGUACGAGGUUCUGGAGCCGCUGUGGCCCCUCCUCUGGCCUCCAGUCAGGGGUGUGAUGAUAACAAGUUCUCUGUGUAUAAUAUCGUGCUCACAUCUCCACCGACACAAACACUCCAAACCCACAGCAGCAGCCAGAAGACCUCGGCGUCCAGGAGCAGACCCCCGGGGACCGCACCGCACGGUCCAACAUGGAGAUGAAUAUCAACAACCUGACAGCUGGGACGACCAACAUGGUUCCGGAUCACACCACCGAGAAGCUUGAAACCUGCUUCCUACCGGAAAAUGCUGAAUGGGUUUUCGCCUACCAACCUAUCUACAUGUGGUUCAUCUUCGCCUUGGGCUUCGUAGAAAACCUGUUUGUCAUCUUGGUUUUUGUCCUUCACAAGAGUCGCUGCACAGUGGCCGAGAUCUACCUGGGGAAUAUGGCGGCUGCCGACCUGAUUUUCAUCAGCGGCCUACCAUUCUGGGCUAUAUAUAUCACCAACAAGUUAUACUGGCCAUUUGGAGGCUUCAUGUGUGUGGCCGUCAACUCCUUGAUCCAACUCAACAAUCACAGCAGCAUCUACUUCCUUAUGAUGGUCAGCAUCGACCGGUAUCUAGCUCUAGUGAAGACCAUGUCAUUUGGCCGAAUGAGAAGCCCUUGGUGCGCCAAAGUCAACUGUUCAAUCAUCUGGAUCUUUGCCAUAGGCGUUAGCCUGCCCAAGGUGGUGUUCAGAAAGGUGAUCUUUGUUCCAGCACUCAACACUACGGCCUGCAUCAUCGUCCCCCCUGCUGUGGGCUGGCACGUUGCCAACAAUCUUAUUACCAACAUCGUUGGCUUUGUGAUCCCGGUAGCCGUCAUUGCCUUCUGCACCUUCCAGAUUAUAGGCGCCCUACGGAACAACACCAUGCAGCAAUUCAAGGAGAUCAACAACGAGAAGAAGGCCACGUGGUUGGUGCUGUCGGUGCUCUUGGUCUUUAUCAUCUGCUGGCUUCCAUUUCAUGUUUUCACCUUCAUUGACACAUUAGACAUACUCCAGGUCUUCGAAGGGUGUGCCGCGGCUCUGGCUAUCGAGAUCGGGAAUCAAAUUUCUUCCUACAUCGCUUACAGCAACAGCUGCAUCAACCCUCUGCUCUACGUCAUGGUUGGCAAUCAUUUCCGAAAGAAGGCCAAGGAGGUCUACUGGCAACUUCUGGCCCAGAUAAAAUCCCAAAAAAACCAGCCUAUGCCCAGGAACUACUCCGGAGUCACCGUGCGAACCUCGAUCUCCAUGGGCCAGCAAAAUCUAAUUAUCAGGACAUAAAACGCGUCUAGUCUGUGGAGUUGCGUGCGAGUCUUUCAGAUUUACGAUCCAUAACUAAAUUCGUCUUGGAAUAAGCUUCCGUUAUUUAUUUGUGUAUUUUCAGAUUCCUGCCUUUCUUUUUUUUUUUUUUUGCACGGACUCCUAUUUUCCAGAUUGUUUUGUUGGGGCUCCCGUAUAUGGUAGGACAUUGGUACUCCCCAAUUAGGGGAAGCGGGUGUUUUAUUUAUGUUUUGGUUUUUUUUGUAGCUAGAGUCUGGAACGCUCCAGGAGGACCAGUGCUUGCCGUGUGUAAUAUUUAUGAAGGACUGACCCUGUUUUUUUUUUGGGGACAGCAGUGUUAUUUUUUGAUUACAAGGGACAUGUAUUGUAUAUGAUUUAUUCGGGGGGGGGGGGGGGGGGGU